UCGUGAUCCUCGGCUCCGUGUUCAGGCAGCACUCCGUGGAUGGGAGGGUUCUGUGUGCGCACAGGAGACAGGAUCCAUGGCAACAAUCAUGGCAGAGGCAGAGACCCGACAGAAGCUGCUGCGCACCGUCAAGAAGGAGGUGAAGCAGAUUAUGGAGGAAGCCGUCACCAGGAAAUUUGUUCACGAAGACAGCAGCCAUAUUGUGUCUUUUUGUGCUGCAGUAGAGGCAUGUGUUCUGCACGGGCUAAAACGGCGAGCGGCAGGAUUUCUGCGUAGCAACAAGAUAGCAGCGCUCUUUAUGAAGGUGGGGAAAAGCUUCGCCCCGGCUGAGGAGCUGUGCAGGAAGGCCCAGGAGCUCGAGCAGAUCAUCGAGACAAAACGAAGUCAAAGCUUGCAAAGUCAAGACAGCCUUCGCAAGAUGCCCCGACUGCCCAGCCUCAACCCACAGGGGGUGAAGAACCUGUGGAUCAGGACGGCUCUGUUUGAGAAGAUGCUGGACAAGAUAGUUCUCUACCUGGUGGAGAACAGCAGUAAAUACUACGAGAAAGAGGCCGUUCUAAUGGACCCUGUAGACGGACCUAUCCUUGCUUCUUUGUUAGUUGGACCUUGUGCUUUGGAGUAUACAAAGAUGAAGACAGCCGACCACUUCUGGACAGAUCCGUCUGCUGACGAGUUGGUGCAAAGACAUCGCAUCCAUAGUGGCCAUUGCAGGCAGGAUUCUCCCACUAAGCGGCCCGCAUUAUGUAUCCAGAAGCGUCACUCCAGCAGCAGCAUGGAUGAACGCCCUUCCCCCUCACCAUCAGCUCGGGAAUAUGUGGAGUCGCUGCAUCAAAACAGCAGGGCCACGCUACUGUUUGGCAAAAACAAUGUGCUUGUACAGCCGAGAGACGACAUGGAGGCUAUCCCAGGUUACCUCUCUCUGCACCAGACCGCAGGCAUCAUGACGUUGAAGUGGACGCCCAAUCAGCUCAUGAACGGCUCUGUUGGAGACUUGGACUAUGAGCGCAGUGUAUACUGGGACUAUGCAAUGACAAUCCGUCUAGAGGAGAUAGUUUAUUUGCACUGUCAUCAACAAGUGGACAGUGGGGGGACGGUGGUGCUGGUCAGUCAGGAUGGGAUCCAAAGACCUCCGCUUCGCUUCCCCAGAGGAGGCCAUUUGCUCCAGUUCCUCUCCUGCCUGGAGAACGGCCUGCUUCCUCACGGCCAGCUGGACCCUCCACUCUGGUCCCAGAGGGGAAAGGGAAAAGUGUUUCCCAAGCUGCGAAAGAGAGUUCCUCAGGGAUCUGGAUCCUCAGACUCGGUUUCAGAUAAGGAGGAGGACGAGGCCACAGACUAUGUCUUCCGCAUCCUCUUUCCAAACAGCCAUUCGGAGUUUGUGACUGUAACCCAUCCUUCCCACCUGACUUCCUCCCUCUCCCUUCACCGGAGUCGACAGUCUCCCUCCAAUACAGGGACUCUGGUUGUGCCCAGGGGGUCCUGCAGCUGUCCUGAAGAAUCCCCCUCAUUCACAGAAAGCAGCUUGACUCCUCUGGAUCUGAUGGAUCAGGGAGCUACGAUGUGGCAUCCCACUCUCAGGAAGUCGUCGUGUUCCUCCUGCUCUCAGGGGAGCUUCUCUGACGGGGCGACACCCAAGGGAUGCAACCAUGAGAGGGCUCCUUUGAAGCUGCUAUGUGACAACAUGAAGUAUCAGAUCAUCUCCAGGGCAUUUUAUGGCUGGUUGGCAUACUGCCGUCACCUGUCCACUGUGCGAACACACCUCUCUGCUCUCGUCAAUCACACCAUCGUGGCGCCCGACGCCCCCUGUGACGCCUAUGAAGGGCUCAGCACAGACGUGUGGCAGAAGUUCCUGCAGGACCAAACAGCCUACAAGGAGCAGGAGCUGCUGCGUCUGGUCUACUUCGGUGGUGUGGACCCGUCACUGCGUAAAGAAGUUUGGCCUUUCCUGCUGGGUCAUUACCAGUUUGGAAUGUCAGAGGCCGAGAGGAAGGAGGUGGACGAGCAGGUGAGAGUUGGCUACCAGCAGACGAUGCGUGAGUGGCUCGGCUGCGAGGAAAUUGUCCGGCAGCGAGAGAAGGAGCAGCAUGCUGCCGCAUUAGCAAAGUGCUCGUCUGGGGCCAGCAUGGACAGUUCCAGUCAAAAGAUGACCCAUCACGACUCCACUGUGAGCAAUGAGUCCCAGUCCUCCCAGAGCUCAGACAGGCAGAGUCUGGCUCGCCUGCAGAGUGACUCCAGCAGCAGCACACAGUUCUUCACAUCCUCCCAUCCCUUCCCCUGGAGUAGUCUGCUUCCCUUUGGCUUGUUCUUUCAGGUGUUUGAGUCCGUAGAGGAGGUGGACCAGAUUGAAACGGAGCCCAAGAGCGAAGAGGCCAAACAGGUGCCGAAGAUGCCCAAUGGAGCUCUGCAGAACGGGACGAGCUCUCCAGACUCGGGACAUCCUUCCUCCCGCAACUUCUCUGUCACAUCUGGUCUGUCGGACGGAUCCUUCAGCACCGAGGACAGCGCUGCAACCGAUACCACUCCCAGACCUGCAGCUGUUCCUCAGGUGUCACAGAGCUCUGUUAAACCUGCAGGAGGAGCAACAGAGCAAAUGGACAACCAGGAGAAAGACGAAGUGAAGGACAAAGAGGAGGGGAAAGCACCUGAUGCAGACAUUAGUAAGACUGAUGAUAACACAGACAAAAAAGAGACAAGUUUGCUGCCUGAAACUCAAGAAAAUACUCAGAAGUUAGAAGCUAUUACAACAGAGUCAGUGGAAACAGGAAAAGAAGUGUCUGAUGUGGGUGCUAUGGCAGAACCAACAGCUGUAACACAAUUAAAAGCAGAACUCACUGCACAACAUCAUGAAGUAGAAGUGAGCAUUGAGGAAGUGCCAAAGCUCAAAGAUGCAAAUAUGGAAGAGAUGAAGAAAAUGGACAAAGGUGAAAUAUUCAAAGGUCCUGGAGCUCCUGAAAUGGAAAAGAAACUCGCUCUCUCAUCUGACACCGGUUCAAGAGGAAGAGAAGUCUGCUGUGCAUCACAGAAAGACGAGCCUCAGGUCAUGACUGAGUCUGAUGAGUCUCCCUCAGCCAUAGAGAUGGAGGAGAUCCCUAAAGCCAAAGUUUCCAUGGUGCCUUGGAGCAGCAGGAAGGGACACUGUGAAACGUCGUCUUCCUCUGAGGACUCGGCCCCUCGCGUGGAGCUCAGGCAGGAGGAGGAGCAGGGAAAGCUGAGCCCAGAGGGCACUGAGUCCAUCUUGUCAGAGCCGGAGAUGGAGAGCAUUUACCCUGCCUUCGACUCUCUGGCUGAAAACGCAAAGAAUGAAGUGACCUCCCAAGAAUCGUCUGGGAGUCCUUUCACUCAAGAGCUAUUGGACUUGUACACACUGAAUCUGCACCGCAUUGAAAAGGAUGUCCAACGCUGUGACCGGAACUACUGGUACUUCACUCCUGCCAACCUGGAGAAACUGCGCAACAUUAUGUGCAGUUAUAUCUGGAGGCACCUUGACAUCGGUUAUGUGCAGGGAAUGUGCGACCUGCUGGCUCCGCUUCUUGUCAUUUUGGAUGAUGAGGCCUUGGCUUUCAGCUGUUUCACCGAACUCAUGAAGAGAAUGAAUCAAAAUUUCCCACACGGGGGAGCUAUGGACACUCACUUCGCCAACAUGCGUUCUCUAAUCCAGAUCCUGGAUUCUGAGCUGUUUGAGUUAAUGCACCAGAACGGAGACUACACCCACUUCUACUUCUGCUACCGCUGGUUUCUCCUCGACUUCAAGCGAGAGCUGGUGUACGAUGACGUGUUUGCAGUCUGGGAAACCAUCUGGGCAGCCAAGUAUGUCUCCUCCAGUCACUUUGUCCUCUUCAUUGCUCUGGCGCUGGUGGAGAUGUACAGGGACAUCAUCCUGGAGAACAACAUGGACUUCACCGACAUCAUUAAGUUCUUCAAUGAAAUGGCCGAGCACCACAACAUCAAGCAGAUUCUGACUCUGGCCAGAGAUCUGGUGUGCAAAGUGCAGAUGCUGAUAGAGAACAAGUGAUUGCGCCGGUCGCCUUCUUUUCCUUCCAGCUAAAGUGUGAGCGGCUGUAGCAGCACCAGAGUGAAACAUGAGCGAACACAUAAACACACACACGACACAAAGCCUUUACAAUCACAGUUUGCUGCUAUGAGCCUUACUGACUGUAUUCACUAUGUUGUUUGUGUAGUCAGCAGGUGUAUGAGAAUAUUGCGCUUAAUGUUUGUCAGUAAGUGAAAACAAAUAUAACUGAAAAACAGUUUCUUUCAUUUCUAAAUUUUUUUUCCCCCAGAAAUCCCUUAAUCCGAGUGCACUUAAUAUUUUGAGAUAAAGAUGGUUUUAGUUGCAAGCCAAAUUGCAGAGCUGAAUUCAAUCAGAGACUAUAUUUAUGAGAAAAAUACAUUGUGAUAAUAGUUUAUAUUAAUUAUUUUAAUAGUCCACAAGAUGAGAAAGAGAAAUAUAUCAGCACGUUAUCCUUGUAUUCCCUUAAUGAAAGAAAGAAUGUCUGCAGAUUUUUAAUAUUCUUUACAUACAACACCUGAAAAUCAGAUUAAUUUUCAUGAUUCAGGACACCGGCUGGUAGCCCAAAAUGUAGCCCAAACUCCACAGAAUAAUUUAGCUUUUAGCGCCAUGUCAUUGAUUUAGCCUCCAACAGUGUUUUUGAUGUUCUUGAAUGGCCUCGUCUGCCGAAUAGUAUGUCUUUAUUUGUUACAUGUGAACUGUGGUGUACUGAGAGCAAAAUGUGUUUAAAUUAUGAGAAUUAAAUUAUGUUAACACUUGUAUAAUCAUAGCCUGAUAUUUAAGUGACUUAUGGAUGUCUGCACACAGAUUUAUAUGAAGAAACAAGCCUGAUUUCAUUAUCUUAAGUUACUUUUCAUUAUCCAGUGGACCGCUGUAUAUUUUGUAAAUGUGUGCAGAGUACUCACCCUGAUUUUUGUAUUGUCUUGUACUGUCUGGUGCCUGUUUGUUGAAUCAAAGGUUAAUUUCUGCUCGACUAUGAUAAAGGAGGGAUCAGAUGAGGCAGCGGUCUCAAAGUCCAAUUUAAGUGACCAAAUGUAAGGCUUAGUUCAGAUUCUGUAACGUGACAGAGAGAUGGAAAAGAAAGGUUCAGUUUGAUAAAUUCUCCAAAUUAAUUGCAAACUGCGUUUUUUGAGGCGAGCUGUUUUGAUGUUUUUGGCAGAUUUGGGGUUUGUGAGAACAUGCAAGAUGCUUUUUACCCUCGACACGCCAUCCUGUCACUCAUUAUCCUAAAAACUUUAGUCAAUUGUCCUUCAAGUAUUGUUCCAUGACUGUGGUAAAAAUCAGUUGCAUUUAAUAUUGGUGUUUACUUUGUGAAUGCUGUCAGAGAAUUUUAAAAAAAAUGUUUUAAUUUAUUGUUAACAUGCCAAAGUAUUUAUUUAUUCAUGCAUCCAUUCAUCCAUCCAUCCAUUUUCUCAUUCAGAUGUCGCUUUGUUUGUAAAGCUGAUAUUUUUAUUUUGUUGCCAGUUCUAAAUGUGUAUUGUAAAACAAUCAAAUUCUAUACUAAUAGUUAAUAUAUAUAUUAAAUAUAUUACAUGGUGUAUGUUCUUAUAAUAAAAAAUAAAAAUGGAAUCAUUAUUUUUCCAAAAGGUA